AUGAAACCUUAUAAUGGUUCUUUUGACAAAAACGGACACAACGGAGCCAAAUCAGAUUACCUACCAUCAGAAAAUGAUGAAGAUCGAAAAGAUGGAUGUGGCAGAUACUCCAGCGAGGUUCCUGGUUACUUCGAUAAAGACACUGGUUCCGAAUUCAGACAGAAAGACAGCGAAGUCAGUUCCUCAAGCAAAAAACCUAAGUCUCAGUUGUCCAAACUAGUAAGGCGGGUAUGGAUGUUACGGAAAUCCAUGUUAGACCUAGGCUCUCUCAAGGACCCCUUGUGUGUCGUGUCAUUAUCAGCGUUCGGAUUAAUGCACGCGGGAAAAAGUCUCUCUAUUUACCUACCACCGUACGCUGAGGAGGUGGGCGUGUCCCCUACAGAGGCGUCGACCUUACUAACCAUCAUGGGAGCAGUGGGGAUGCCGAGCCGUAUUGCUGCCGGCUUUCUCGCAGAUCUAAAAAUCGUGAAAGCCAGCACUAUCGUGGGCGUGUCCGGUCUUGUUAUGGCCCUCACGAUGGCUUUUACUCCCCUGUACACGAGCUAUGAGACGUUGGUCGGAUGUGCUGUGGUAUCUGGGACGCUGUACUUCCAGUACAGCAAUCUGUGCACUCUCAUGUUCCUGGAGGUGGUCCCACUGGAAAGUCUCGUCAAAGUCAUGGCUCUGUCCGUGCUCUUUGAGAGCGUGUCGGGCACCAUCACACAUCUGAUUCACGGUAAACUUGACCCCCUAAGAUUACAUCAUGCGUCCCUUUUCGUAAAAAUGGCGUAA